AUGACCAAACUGGAGCUGUUAAACGUGUUUCUCAACGACAGGCUGACAGCGGCCGCCGAGGAGAUUUUCCGAGCCGUUAAAGAUACGGUGGCCGAGUAUCAAAGCGAAAUCUUGCGCUCCAGAGAGGAGAACGAGAGGCUCAAACGGCUCCUGAACGUAGCCGUCCAACGACUGCUGCUGCAGCCAGAGUCUCACUCUGUCCAGCUCCAACAAGAUGAUCAGCCCUGUGAGUCUGAAUGGAGGAGCAGUGUGGAGCUGCUGCCACAAGUUAAAGAAGAGCCCAAGCUCCGAGACAUCCAAGCAGAUUGUCCACAUGAAGGAAGCGAGUCAUCGGAAGGAAACUGUAGUCAUGUCGAGCCCCUGCAGAGGACACAACCUCCACCAGACCUAACAGUGUGCAGCAGUGAAACUGUCUCUCCUCCUCCACUAACAUUCCAGGAGAUCAAGACAGAUAGUGACACAGACAAACAGCAGCCAGCCAGCAGCUCACCAUCCUCUCUGACUGUUCAUUCAAACUGCCCGCCUGCUCAGAGCGAGUCUCACCGCGACCCCGCAAAGAGUCACAGGACUCAGAAAACAGGUCUAUCAGGCUCUGCAGGUGUUCAGGUGAAAGGAUUACCUCGCUCGAUCGGAAAACAGAGCGUGCACGUGCUGCAGUUAAAGAAUGUAAGAACCCUCAAGGCGCCUCCAUCUCGCCCCUCUCACCCGAGCCAGAGCAUCCAGAGGUGGCACAGCUGUAAAGAGUGCGGGAAGGGCUUCAGCUUCGCCUGCCAGCUGGAGGUCCACAUGCGCUGGCACACCAAGGAGAAGCCGUACAGCUGCGCCGUGUGCCGAAAGAGCUUCACCACAGUCAGCAUGCUGAAGAGGCACCACCGCAUCCACACAGGGGAGAAGCCCUUCCGCUGCCACGUCUGCGGGAAGUGCUUCAACCAGUCAGCGCACCUCAACACCCACUUCAGACUGCACACCAGGGAGCGGGCCGGCUGGAGUCGAGCCCCGCACUCCAAGUGAGCCUCCAGAGAUCCUCAGAGAACAAGAAACUAAAACAUCUGUAAACUUGGAAAUGCUUUAACUGUCCAGAUGUCCAGGUUCAAACUGUACAAUAAUUGUGUUUGAUUGUGUGUCUUCUCUGUUGUGCAAUACAGUGUGAUAUGCGGUUCAUUGAUUGUGUUGUUGAACACACUUUUCAAAUGAAUUAA